AUGAAAGAGGAUAGUAAAACACAAAAAAACAAUGAAGGAUUUUAUUAAUGGAUUGUUUUGGCAAGUUUUUGCUUGAAUUCGUAUAAUGAAUACAUAUUUUAGAAUGUCAAAUAUCUUUAUGUUUACAGGAUUAUCACCAAUUUGGUCUUAAGUGGCCAUUUAUUAUGGUACUACUGACUAUGAUUUAAAUUGGUUUCCAAAUAUGUACUACAUUACUUUAAUGUCUGUUUCCUUUCUAUUUAAUCCUAUAAUAAUUAAAUUUUUUGGAAUCUCAUAAAUAUUAAGCUGUUGUUUUACUUCAUUGGGUUUAUGGCUUCUACUUUAUGGAAAAUAAAAUUAUUAGUUAGGACUUCUAAGUUUUGCAUUUAUUGGUUUAGGAGAGGCUUUGUAUUACUAAGUUCCUUUACGUAAGAAAUUUAAUUAUGAAAGAUUUAUCAAAACUUUGGUUCACUCAUGAUUAAAGAAUUAUAUCCACUUUUAUCGCAUAGUAUUCAAAUAAUAUAGGAAUGUUGCUAGGAUAUACAAUUUCAUCAUCAUAUUUUUAUGAGAUUGUACUUAUUUAUAUAUAAAUAAGGUGGAUGAGAAUGAAUUUAAUAUACGAUUUGAAAAUUUCAUUUUUUUUAAUGCAAUAUUAGCUACAAUAGCUUUGGUAUUUAAUUUUACGACUUUAAAAACUCCUUCAUUGCAACAUGAUGUUAUUGAAAUUAGACUCAGUAUUUGGGAAUCUUUAUCAAAAAUAAUUAUGGCUGAAGAAGCUGCAUUUGAUAUUCUUUCUAUUUCUUCAUGUAUAUAUAAUAAUAUUUUUAGUUAUAGGAUUAAGUUGGUGUUACACAAUGUUAUUUGGUACUCAACAAUAUUAUUUGGGUUAAACCUUCCUUUAAGUUACCUAAACUAGUAUCUAUUUCUAAGUUGGUUAAAUAGUAGCAGCUACUUACUGUACUUGGAAAUUAUAAAAAUAAUCAAAAGCUGGAAUUUAAUAAGAUUACGAUAUCUAUAUUAAAACUGUAAUAAGUUUAGGAUUUUGGUUACUUGUAUUCGAAAUUAUUUUAUUUGAAGAUAUACCCUUUAUAAUCUUAAUUUUUAUUAAUUUUUUUAUUGGUGCAGGUUUAGGAGGAUUAUAUUCUGUACUAUUAGAAGCCUUAAUGGAAAAACAUUUUCCAGUCCAUGAACUAGCAAUUGGAUCUAUCUUUGCUGCAGUUGCUUGUGUAAUAUUUUAUAUCUAUAUAGGCUGUCUCAAUAACAAUAACAAUGACAUUAGUUAUUCCUAAAUUUCUUGAGUAUGGAUUUCAAAUUUCUUGUUAUCUAAUGAUCAUACCAUUUUGUUAUAUCGCCGUCUUCUAUAAAACUCAUUUUAAAAGAUUUGAAGCUGAGGCUUGA